UUGACGCAAUACGUACCUUCUUUACCUACGUCCGACUUGUUUCGCCAUCCUAAUGUAGAUUAAUUACGAAUAAUAUCUAUUUACGUUAAUUAAAUUUGCGCAACAAGCUAUUCCCUAAUUCUGCGACGCAUAAAGCAUAGUUUGGUGUCAGUAGUGUAUCUGUAGACGCGUGUGAUAAAGUGAAAAUGACUAUCGAAGGGAACAAAGAUGAAGCAGAUAGGUGCAUUACUAUCGCGCAAAAUGCAUUUUCGGAAGGAAACAACGAAAAAGCGGAGAAGUUUUUGUUGAAAGCUGAGAGAUUAUACCCUAGUGCUCGUGCUAAGGAGCUUUUAACGAGGGUCAGAGCGGCAGGGCCGACGGGAGCUGCGCCAAAGCGUACCCCUCCUAGUACCCCUAAUGGCGAAGACGUGAGAAGAAGGAAAACUCCAGCUCAUCAGCCUCCCCAAAGGGAAUACACCUCUGAUCAAAUAGAUGCCGUUCGCAGGAUCAAUACUAAGUGCAAAGAUUAUUAUGAAAUUCUUGGGGUGGCGAAGGAUGCAUCGGAUGGGGACAUCAAGAAGGCCUACAAGAAGCUGGCGCUGCAGCUGCAUCCGGACAAGAACCACGCACCCGGCGCCGCGGAGGCUUUCAAGGCAAUCGGCAACGCGGCGGCGAUCCUCACGGACCCGGACAAGCGGAACCAAUACGACCUCCGCGGCAAGGAGCCCGCCCAGCAGCACACCCACCACCAGUACUACGCCCGCGGGUUCGAGUCCGACCUGACUGCUGAGGAGCUGUUCAACAUGUUCUUUGGAGCCACCGCUUUUCCAGGAGGGGGACCAACUGUUUACACGCGCCGGCGCGCCCGAGAGCCCGAGCAACGCGAAGCGCACGCCGGUCUCGUCCAGCUACUCCCCGUACUCGUUCUGGUACUCCUCUCGAUGAUGAGCGGCUUCUUCAUCAGCGAGCCCGUGUUCAGCCUCACGCCCACCGCCAAGCACCCCGUGCCGAGGGAGACGAAUAACUUGAAGGUACCAUACUACGUGAAAGAAAACUUCCAUACAGACUACCAAGGGUCACUGCGAAGACUAGAAAUGGCCAUAGAGGAAGAGUAUAUAGUGAACCUCCGUCACGCGUGCCAACGUGAGCGCAACUAUCGAGACAGCAUGGCGUGGAAGGCGCGACACUUCGGCGACGCGCGACAGUACGCCGAGGCGCAGAAACUACGCACGCCUAGCUGCGAGAAACUGCAAUCCUUCCAACGAUAGGUGGCGCUGUACGAUUAAGCUAGACGUGAGGUACGCGGCAGGGGCGCUAGAUGGCGUUGUUCCAUUUAAAUUUCCUAAUGCAGUUUGAAACAAAUGUUAUCUAAUACAGUGUGUGAUAAAUGGGUGUAUUAAUAAAAUCAAUUGUCUUUUGCUACUGAUAAAAAAAUAACACUGGGAUUGAAAACAACAUUAUAUAACAUUCAGAAGCUUAGCUACAUACACCAAGUUGCAUAAGCUGCAGCCUAUCAGCGAUAGAUGGCGCUGUUAGGCUAGAAGUACGCCGCAGACCCGCUAGAUGGCGUUUUACAGAGGUUUCUAACAUAUACCUAGCUUAAAACUUAGUAUUAUCAUCAUGAUUAUUGGUUUUUAUUUGUGUUGUGACUAGCCUAUUCAUAAUUGAGAACAUCCUAUUUUCAAAAAUGGUUAAAACAUUUAAGCUCAUGCGAGAAACUGCAGGCUUUUCAACAACAGAUGGCGCUAGCAAUCAUCGUUUGCAAGCCUGUUAUCUUUUGUCGGGUUUUAUCUACAACAGAUUGAUUUUUUAAAUAGAAAAAUAUAUGAAUUUGAGAAACUUUUUAAAAUGUUGCCCAAGUUUCGAUAGUUCCAAAAUCGAUAGUUAAGCUAUAUCGGAGAGUUUUAUCUAAGCCUCGUCAAUGCCUUCGGGCAAGUCUGGGGCUAAGACCAAACCCGUCAAAGGUACAAAAAAGGUCUGUGCCCAGCAGUGGGACGCAUACUGUUUAGGUCACAUAUCGUUGCCUUAAAAUGAAAACCACGUUAACGCUAAUUUGAAAAAUAACAUUCAAAUGUGAUUUUUGUUAACAAAACCUCGCAAUGGACAUUUUUGUUUUCCCCGAAGGACAAGGCAAAGGGAACUAUGCCCAUACAGCCAAGUCUUAUGUAUUUUUUUCUUGAUGAUGAUUAAUGCACGUAGGUCCGCUGGAAGAAAUCUUUGUUUACAGAUAAGCUUACCUGUACUGUCUGUUUUCUUUGUAUGUUAUGUUCCUUGUAAUAAAUAGUGAUCUCAAUUUAUACCCGGAAUGUAAUUUUGAAAGAAAUCAACGUUUUUAAGAAAUUCACACAAUUCUCUUAAAAUACAUCAUCAUCCAAGCGGUGUCCGGCGACGGCGACUCCUGAAUGUCUAUCCCAGGUCGAUGUUAUGAUAGGCUCUAAUGUGGCUAGCAAAACCGAACUUCGAUUUGAAGAUUCGGCCACAUGGCGCACAGAAUAACUGGCCAGCAGAAUUAAAUGUAACAAUAAAAUAACACUGGGAUUGAAAACGAUCUCCUUACAAAUAACAUUCAGAAGCUUAGCUACCUACAUACACCUAGUUGCAUAAGCUACUGCCUAUCAACGAUAGAUGGCGCUGUGAGGUUAGAAGUACACCGCAGACCCGCUAGAUGGCGGUUUACUUUUCUAAUUUAUACCGAAUGUAACGGAAUGAAAUGAAUUUAAAGAAAUCGUUUAUAAACGUUUAUAAAAAAAUCACAUCCAAAUGUGAUUUUCAAAAUGGCGUUUAUGUGGUUUUCAGUAUAUGGCUACGAUUCGCUUGUAAAUUCAAUUUGUUAUUGUAUUUUUUUGUAGUAUUCCUACGAAUUAUCAAAUUUCACUUAUUAUAAUUAUUCUUCACAUCGAAAAUAUAUUUAACACAUCAAGGUUCACUAUUUAUUUUUAAUCACGACUGUAGAAAACCUACGUGGUUUUCAAAAGGCGUUAUAGAUGCCUGUCCAUCGAAGCGGAACGGAGCAGCGGAGUGGAGAAACGGACAACCAACUAAUACAGGGACUUGCGAAGUAGUUUGUGCAAUCAAUUGUAAAAUACAUUGUUUUAAGUUUACGCGGUUAUUAUCAUAAUUAAAACACAUAAUAACGGGUUCUUACCGCGUUUAAAUCAGGGAUAUGAGACUCCCGAUGUUUCUCUGUUGCAAGUGCCAUGAUCACGGGAUGACUGAUGAGAUUGGAGUGGAGUAGGUAGAUGCAUAAUUUUCUACGAGCAGACAUAUUUGUCCACCGUCUUUGUCUAUUUUAAACGCGAUAAGAACCCGUUAUUAUAUGUUUUAAUUGUAAAAUAUUACAGAACCAUUUAUUUAUUUAAAUUUUGUAAGAUUAAUAUGCAUUUUAUUACAUUAAUUUCUAUCUACUAUCAAGAACCACGCUCUUGUCAGUGUAGCAUAUUCCAUGCUACUUUUUUAGGCAAUUAUAGGGCAGUGGUUUCCCUCUUGCCUUCCGCCACGCAGUACUCUGUCUGACGCGAGUGUGAUGGCGCCCAGAGUAGUCUGAUUCAAAGCCGUACUAGGACUCCUGUCCUCCGCCUCUGAAUAGUACUGACAGUUACUGCUGCCUCUGUCAGGUCCCAGGUUACAGUCCCUGUGACUUGCCCCUUCCGUCCUGCAUUGCCGUACAAAAUAUAACCGGGACUACGUCCUUCGCGAACCUAUUGGGUAUCAUUUCUCCGUUUCUCCGCUCCGCUGCGUCGCUCCGCUCACGUAGAGAAACAACCAUGGAAUAAGGGAUAAUACUACGUAUAGAAUGGCAACUGUCCGCUCCCCACCAGCGGCUGAGCUAGGUUUACCUCACCCCCUCGGUGUUACUUUAGUUUUCAAUCGUAUGGGCGUCGAUGUAGUGUCUAUGUAAAAUGAGGUUGAUUGUAUUAAGUGUCCGGGGUGUCAGACAUUUAUAUGGCAAUAAGGUUGUACUUCUUUUUUUUAUUGUUAUAUUUCUCGUGUGUUUGUGGAAUAUAGAGUUAUUGUAUUGUAGAUAAUAGUCAUGAUACUCGCAAAGCUUAGAAGAUAUUUAUUUUAGUUGGUUUUGUCCCAAAAAGUGACUCAUGUUGCUGAUUCCGGUACACACUUAAAUUUAUUUUAAGUUAUACCUGUCAUUUUAUCAUCCGCCGAAAAGGGAAAGGACGGCUAACCGACAGCCGUAAAAUUUAUUGAAAACAACGUCAAUUUUAGGCAGAAAUCUUAAACAACCCUCUCAAAAUUGUGUCUACAGUUGUGAUAACUAAAUUUUAAUUUGUGAUGUAUUUAUUUUGUAAGACAUUCCAACACAAUGUAUAUUGUAUACGGAAUAAAUUAAAUUGAAUUGUAAUUUUACACUGGCCAAUAACCAGUCAGAAUUAAGUAGACAGCACAGGUCAAACGGGUCGCAUACCAGCGAGAUACCUUUUUGAUUCUCAGUCAUUUUAGAAAUAACAGAUGUGAAUCAUCCGUCCCUUUUCUUUACGGCGGAUAAGAAAAUGACAGGUAUAACUUAAAAUAAAAUUAGGUGUCUGCAGGAAUCGGGACCACUAAACUUUAAUUAAGCAAGCAGCAUUUUAUUAUCGACUACAAGAAAUCUGUAUUUACGCAUUGUAGAGUUAAUGCCCUAUUUCCGUCACUAGAUGGCAUUGUACCAAAAAACUUUUGACCUUUGAUGUUAGUAUUAUUGUGUUGUGAUUAUGUUGGCAGUUAUUUCCUAUUUUUGUUUAUGUUGUAUGGGGUUGGUAUUUAAUAGUGCUUUUCACAUUUUUUUUUUUCAUUAAAGUGUUUUUUCAUUACCGCUGAUUUCUGCAGACACGCUUAAAUUUAUUUUAAGUUAUACCUGUCAUUUUCUUUUCCGCCAAAAAGAAAAAGGACGGUUGAAAUGAAUGAAUAACCCGGACGAAUCCAAUAGUCAUCUCGCUAGUAUGGAACCCGUUUCACACGUGCUGUCAAUCGUAUUCUGUCGGGUUAUACGUUGACUUUUCUAAACGUGUAAUUUUGCAACUGUUUAUGAUUUCUGGCUGAAAUUGACGUAUAACGUUCGUUUCUCAUUCGCCGAAAAGGACGGGUAAUCAACAGGUAUAAAAUUUAUGGACACACGUCAAUUUUUAACAGAAAUCUCAAUAAUUUUAAUAAUUUUCCACUCGUUAAUUACCCGACAAAAUAAAGGCGACAGCAGACGUAAAACGGUUUGCAUAUCAGCGAGAUGCCUAGUUGAUUCGCCCGGGUUAUUCAUUUUAAAUUAACAGCUGUCAAUCAUCUGUCCCUUUCCUUUUUGGCGGACAAGAAAGUGACAGGUAUAACUUAAAAUAAAAUUAGGUGUCUGCAGGAAUCCGGGUCACUGUUAAAGUUGGUAAAGUUUAUUAUUUUUGGUUUAGGUGUUAAACUUUAAGGCUUAUUUAUAUUGGGCGUUUUAGAUGAAUAUUUAUCCCACUGCUGGGCAAAAGAAACGUAAAGUCACGCCCGUAAGCCCUAAUGGGGUGGGCAGAUGUGAAAUGAAAAGCAAUCUGGGUUAAAAAGGCCACAUCGCAGCAAUUGCAAACAAAUGUUAAAUAGCAAUAUUGCUUUUUUAGAUUUAUCGCUUCGAUGUGGAGUUUUUACCAGUACAGUCAUGACCAAUAUAAUGUACCCACUUUAGGACUCUGUCGCAUUAACAUAUUUGACAAUUAUUGAGAGUUACAGUUCAAUUUGUCAAAAAAGUUAAUGUGACAUGGUAUCAAAGUGUAUACAUAUUAAUGCUCGUGACCGUACACCCCUCCCGCCUUUUUAAGUGCAGCCACACUAACGAAGUUCUAAGUGUCCCGGAUGACAAGCACCACUUGGCUAGACAAAUGUGUUCACUAAUGUAUAUAAGCUAGUAGUCCUUUACCCGACUGCUAUAAAGAAGGUAUUGUAUAGAGUAGCGGCCAAGUAUCCAAAAAGUAUGUUUUUUGUAGUCCCACAGUAGACAUGAAUUGAAAUUCGUUGAAUAUUGGAAUAGUUACAACCAUUCAAAAUCAAGAACUUAGAAAAAAAAAAGGAAAUCGUGACGUCACAUGUAAAAUUAAGUGCGCAAUGAUGCUGAUUCCUGUACGGUCACGAGCAUUAAUAUGUAUACACUUUGGUACCAUGUCACAUUAACUUUUUUGACAAAUUGAACUGUAAGUCUCACUAAAUGUCAAAUAUGUUAGUGCGACAGAGUCCUAAAGUGGGUACAUUAUAUUGCUCAUGAUUGUACACACCAUCUAAUUUUAAGUUAUACCUGUCUUUUUCUUAUGCGCUGAAAAAGAAAAGGACGAGUAAUCGACAGGCAUAAAAUUUAUGGAACACAUUUUUAGGCAGGACAUUAAAAAGCCCUUCCCAAAUUUUGUAUUGGCCAAUAACCCGACAAAAUUAACUUGACAGCACACGUCAAACGGGUUGCAUAUGAGCGAGAUGCCUGUUUUAUUCGCCCGGGUUAUUAAUUUUAAAAUUAACAGUUGUCAAUCCGUACCUUUUCUUUUCGGCGGAUAAGAAAAUGACAGGUAUAACUUAAAAUAAAAUUAGGAUGUGUGCAGGAAUCGGGGUCAAUAUCAACAAAUUAAAAAAGAAACCAAUUUCAAAUAGCAAUAAGGGACUUUCCAGACAAAAUUCACAUAAAAAGGGUCAUCAUUUAUACCCAAAAAACAAAGAUGAAUGAUGCAUAUGUCUGUUAUCCUUGAAAUUAGAAGGUUAAAGAGAAAAGCUGUACAGCGCCCUCUAUGUUCUUCGUCUUAUCGUGUGCGUUAUGAGGUGGAAUACCAGACUCACUCAUCAACCCUGGUGUCAGGGUUAUGAUUGAGCCGCCAAAUGCUCCUGACAUGGCUCAUGUAACGAUUACUCACUUACACCAAUAGUAACCGGGACCAACGGCUUAACGUGCCUUCCGAAGCACAGAUCAUCUAUAUUAAUUUUGAGGAAGGCGCCCUGCAAAGUCCCGCAUUGCUUCUAAGGGUGGUAUUAAUAAACUAAUCUCAGCUUCGAGACUGCCCUCAAGAUCAUGUCAAUGUGACAGUUCUCAUAUAAAAACAGAGACUCGAGCAUGAUCUUGAGGGCAGUCUCAGCUGAGAUUCGUUUAUAAAUACCACCCUAAGUGGCCUUUCUGGCCGCCAGGUUAGAUUGUGAUCAAACGCCAACUUAUUUAUAUUAAAAAAGUAUCGAUAGUCGAUAUUUUUACAACACUAGUGUUAAGCACUAAUGAGUCUGUACAUAAACUAGGGGGUUAAAAUGGCCACAUCGAAGCAAUUCAUCUAAGAAAGUAAUAUUGCUAUUUAAAACACAUAAUAAAGGGUUCUUACCGCGUUUAAAUGGGGAUAUGAGACUCCCGAUAUUUCGACACUGUUGCAAGUGCCAUGAUCACGGGAUGACUGAUGAGAUUGGAGUGGAGUAGGUAGAUCCAUAUUUUUUUACGGGCAGACAUAUCUGUCUACCCUCUUUCUUUGCCGCUUGUUUAUGUAUUUGAUAUCGGAAUGUUCGGAACCAUCUGAACUCGCACAAAACUCACUACGUCGAAAUAUCGCGAGUCUCAUAUCCCUAUUUCAAACGCAGUAAGAACCCGUUAUUAUGUGUUUUAAUUAUGAUAAUAACCGCGUUAACUUAAAACAAAGUAAGUGCUAUUUGACAUUUGUUUGCAUUGCGCACUUACUUUUAUAUGCGUAAAUGUCAAAUUGCAAUAUUGCUUUCUUAGAUGAAUUGCUUCUAUGUGGCCAUUUUAACCCCCCUGAACGUCUCUGGCACAUUGUAAUAACACAUUUCGUAUGUCGCGUUCAUUAUAAUUAAUUUAUUUAGAAUAAUAAUUGUAGAUAAGAUUCAUUUAUCAACCUCAAAAGCAAAAUAAAAGUUAUUGAAAAUGUU